GUCAACAAACUUGCAAAAUCAGUCAACUUGCGGUCCAGUCGUAUUUUUUUGUUGUUUGUGCGAACGAAAAAGUUUUCCUCAGCCCAAAAACUUGUCAAAAUCCCCGAAACCACUUCCGUGCGCACCCCCGUACUAUGCAGCAACCCUUCCCGGUUACCCAGCAUGGCCCAUCGAUCGCGAGAGGACAGUUUUUCGUCGUCCUUCCAGCAGCAACAGAAAAAGCUCCGAUUUCGUGGUGAUUUGGCUCUUCAGUACGGCUUCGCAGGGAUGGAGGGCACCGGUUCCGGUGGCGGCAGCGGCAGCACCAGUCGCGUUGAGGACAUAUUUGCGGAGGACGAUCAAUCGCGGCGGGGCAAUCUUACCGGAUCGAGGAACGGAGAAAUUGGUGGAACGACUGCAGGGACGGCGGCGGAAGCAAAAGACCCUCCCAGCAAGAGCAGCCUGUACGACUUCUUCCGCAUCGAGUUGACCCGUGGGUACGUGCUGGAGCACGACGAGGAGCGUUACUCGGCACGGCGCGAAAAGAUCUACUCGUUCAUGAAGAUCCCGCGCGAGCUGGAGGGCUUCAUGGCGUACGGAGUGCUGCAGUGUGCGGACUCGUUUCUGUACAUCUACACGUUUCUGCCGAUUCGGUUCGUGAUGGCACUGUGGGCACUGGUGACGCGUCCUCUGGCGCGGUGCUUGGGCCGGCGGAGACCAAGCCAGCGGCGGCUGCUGACGCCGGCGGAGAUUUGUGACUUGCUGAAGGCUACCAUUUGGAUCGUUUGCAGCUGGGCUAUGUUUUACGUGGACACGAACAUGCUGUACCAUUUGAUCAAGAGUCAGUCGAUUAUUAAGCUGUACAUCUUUUACAAUAUGCUGGAGGUGGGAGAUCGGCUGCUGUCGGCUUUUGGGCAGGACACGAUCGAUGCGCUGUUUUGGACGGCGACCGAGCCGAAGGACAGCAAGAAGCAGCAUUUGGGGACGAUUCCACACUUGCUGUUUGCCAUCAUCUACGUUACGAUUCACAGUGCCUUGGUGAUGUUCCAGGCGACGUCGUUGAACGUGGCGAUCAACUCGAAUAACAAGGGCCUGCUGACGAUCAUGAUGUCGAACAACUUUGUGGAGUUGAAGGGCAGUGUGUUUAAGAAGUUUGACAAGAAUAAUUUGUUUCAGUUGAGUUGUAGCGACGUGAGGGAGCGAUUCCACCUGACGAUCCUGAUGUUGAUUGUGCUGAUUCAAACGAUGAAGGAGUUCAGUUGGAAAUCGGAACAGUUCUUCGUGAUGAUCCCGGAUUGUAUGUACGUAAUGUUGGUGGAACUGUUUGUGGACUGGAUUAAGCAUGCGUUCAUUACGCGGUUCAACGAAAUCCCCGUCGACGUGUACCGAGAGUACACGACCAGUUUGGCGUACGACAUGACCCAAACCCGCCAGAAGCACGCCUUCUCCGACCACUCGGACCUGGUCGCUCGACGAAUGGGCUUCAUCCCGUUCCCGCUCGGAGUCGUCCUCGUGAAAGCCCUCUACCACGCUCUCUCGUUCGACAAUGCUGCCUCAAUCGCACUCUUCAUCUUAGCUUACGGAGUUCUGCUCUCCUGCCGCGUCCUCAACACCGUGUGCACCCUCGGCAAGGCGUGCGACCUCAUGAAGAAGCACCAGGACGAGAAGAACCUACUCAACAGCCAACAAAACAGCGGCCCCGCCACUUCAACACCCAUCCAACGAAGCGCCUCCAAACUAACCUCCGACAUUGCGACCUCCCCAAUCCACCACGCACCCACCCUGGCCACCCCCAUCCAGCGAUCGCAAACCGUCGAGUGCGUCACCAUUCCCCAAAUCAAAACCCCGUCCAGCGCGGACGACGACGAGGACAGCGUCAUCCGGGAACCGUCCGCACUCGGCGCCACCGCCCUCUUCUCCAACAGUGACGUAGACCUGGACGACGUCAAGCUGAACGACAAGUUCCUGAACGGCGUCGGGUCGUCUCCCGAGGAUAGCGGACGGCAGGACGAAAAUCUGGCUAGGAGCGUGCCGGAUUUGCAGCAGGAGGCGGGUGGCGCUGGCGGUGGUGGCGCUGGGGAUGCGUCCUCGUCCGGCGAGGGGGAUAGCUUUGCGUCCUAUCAGGGAUUGCACCAUCGAACGCACAAGCGGUCCGAGUCGGAGCCGUCGAUUCAGCUGGAUCCGGAGCGUGGGGGAGGAGGGGGGACGUGAGAGGCGGCGGGAGAGGGGAGUUUAGAAGACUAGAGAAGCACACCAAAGGCUGGCACAUUGUUUUGUAUUGUUUUUCGUUUCACACUUGCUUCGAAGGCUGCGUUUCGAUUAGUUUUGGUCGAUGAAAAAGCAGCAGUUCUCUCGUACCGAAUUAGCCUCUAGAAUAAGCAUUGGUUUUUAAUGUUAUCUAUUUUUUUUUGUAAAUAAUAAAUCAAAGAUUUGCUUAUUGACGCUAAUCGUGAAAGAAAA